AAUCAUAGACAAUAUAAGAUAAUAAUAUAAGCUAAUAAUAAUAAUAUAAGCUUAUAUUAUGUCUAUGGCGGUAAUGCACAACAUGAUUGUUUGCCAACCAUAGACAUGAAUACGUAGACGCCUCGUGGAGCGCUGAGUUGUACGUAACAGCGUCCGCCAUCUUCUAUGUGGCAGCAGAGCGAUAGGAGCACCAGAGAAAGAUGCCUCACUCAUGUUCUGCAUGGAAUUGUACUAACCGCUUUUCAUCACAAACAAGAUCCAUUGGCAUAACCUUUCACAGGUUUCCAAAAGACAGUCAUCUAAGAAAGAGAUGGGAAACAGCUCUCAGAAGAAAAGGGUUUUCUGCUAGCUUGUCCUCCAUGCUCUGCAGUGAGCAUUUCAGACCAGAAGAUUUUGACAGGACAGGUCAGACAGUCAGGAUCAGAACUGGAGCUGUUCCUUCAGUCUUCCGUUUCCCAGCUCAUCUCCACAAGCAUGUGUUUACCAGGACAUCUAAGACCUCAAAGAAGGCAGAGGAGACCCUGUCACUAGACUGCUCCCAACUUGUUCAAGAGGCUGAGCCAGUGUCUGUGGCCACAAAUACUCGCAUGCACACAGCCAGCCCCAGGCAUCAGCAAAUUAAGCAGGAUCACUCCUAUGCUCUGCCUUCAUCCAAUGAUGAUCUGAGGGCCAGACUCAGGGAAGCCUUGGCUAGGGUGGAGAGUCUGGAAAGGGAGAGGAGGAAUGCAAAGGACAGAGAGAAGAGGGCAAAGAAAACUGUGAGUGGUCUUUUGGAGGAUCUCAGGAUGAAGAAACUAAUUAAUGAAGAUUUGAAAGAGCAGAUCGAUCUAUACUCAGGUAUAAACAAAUAAUUUCUUUUUUGGAUUUUUAACUGUUUUAGAUAUUGGUUUUGUAGUUGCAUUUAAGAAUAAGAUAAAAACAGACAGUUGUAAUGCUGGGGAGGAAGCUGCUGGUGAGAGAGAGGAGGGGUCCAUCUAUCCCCUCUCUUACCCAUUGGUUUAACUCCCUGGGGCAGCUUUCUGCCUUAGAGAGAUUAUCUUAUAGACUGUUAAAUAGGGUUGAGGAGUACAACAGGAAGUGGUCCUGCUACUUCUCAUAUAUGGGUUAAAUGGUAUUUCCAGCUCAGAUGUAAUUAGACAAGAUGAACUUAUGGUAAUGUUGUAAUUAUCUAAAUGCAUCAGGGUAUAGAGCAUUGUUAUUUUAUGUAUGUCAAUUUUCAGUUGAUGUUUAUGUGCCUUGCCAUUUUUUUAUUAUCAUUUAUAUAUAU